CUUCGGAGCUUUUGCAUUCAUGGAGCAGGAAUGAGAUUAUGAAGAUCAUAUGUGCUGAGAUGGGGAAAGAGAGGAAGUACACUGGUUUAGCCAAACCUAAACUUAUUGAGAAUCUACUCAAUCUUGUCUCUCGUCCUCUAGGGGAGACUUCUUGUUCUGAUCGUAGAAACUCUAGGAAGAAGCAGAAGAAAACCAUCGGUUACAUCAUUUGCUGUGAGAAUUUAGCUUGUAGGGCUGCGUUAGGAAGCGACGAUACGUUUUGUAGAAGGUGUUCUUGCUGCAUUUGUCAAAAGUUUGAUGAUAAUAAGGAUCCUAGUCUAUGGCUGACUUGUGUUGCUUGUGGACUGUCUUGUCAUCUUGAAUGUGGUUUGAAGCAAGAUAGAUAUGGGAUUGGGAUUGGAAGUGAUGAUCUUGAUGGUAGGUUUUAUUGCUCAUAUUGCGGCAAAGAUAAUGACUUGCUCGGAUGCUGGAGGAAACAAGUGAAGGUGGCCAAAGAGACGCGUCGUGUGGAUGUACUUUGUUACCGUCUUUCUCUAGGACAGAAGCUGUUGAAAGAGCGGCUGCGGAAAGACACAACUCUGCCUUCAGCUCUCGCUCUGUGCCCAGCUUCCGAUUUCACUCGGCGGACUCAACGGUUCUUCUCUUUAUCUCCACUCCGAGUUUCCUUUCCCUUUUCGCCGUCUUCAUCAGCUAUCUCGAUCGUUUCAUCAAUCAAACCCUAG